GUAAAUCUGUACCGCGCUCGGCCACAGUCUCUGCUAUGGGCUCUUGCAUCAUUCGCCUCUCAUAAGGCUUUUCCUUUCCUCUUCUCGUCUUGAACCAUUCUUUUCUCCCGACUACUUCUACGGUCUCUGCCAACUCCACUUUGACGGGUAGUGGGCUAUAGAAUCCUUCUAGAAAAGAUGGGCGAGCUCCAACAUUCAGCCGACACUCCCAAUGUCCCCUUUGCACAACGCCCAAUCAUCAUUCUGGGUGCUGGCAUUAUUGGGUGUGCAACAGCACGUCAGCUCCUGCUGAGCGGAUUCCCAGUUAUCCUGGUCGCUGAAUACCUACCUGGAGAUCAGGACUAUCGGUAUGCAUCCGCCUGGGCCGGAGCAGCAUGGCACCCCGCGGGUGGGAUCAGUUCGGAAUGGCGAUAUCUUCAGGCCAUCAGCCAUCGCCACCUGUUGAAAAUGGCCCAGGAAGAGCCGGAAUCUGGUGUCUGCAUUGUCGACGCCCUCGAGUAUGUCGAACGACCUCCCUCCGAGAACUCCUCGGCCUGGGGCAAGACCGUGGCUGCUAAGUGGCGUGACCUCCAACCGGGUGAAUAUCCUUCAGGGUUUAGUUGUGGAUGGUCGUACAAAACCCUGGUCACCGAUCCCACCCUCCAUAUGCCAUAUCUAGGGAAGAAGAUUACCGCUCUGGGCGGCCAGUUCAUCCGGAAACGGGUGGAAUCCCUCGAGGAUCUAUACCGCAUGUUCCCCGAAUCGAGUCUUUUCGUGAACGCCAGCGGGAUAGGAAGUAAGACCCUCAAGGACGUGCAGGACGACAAAUGUUUCGCAGAGCGGGGCCAGAACGUGUUCUACAAGACGGACAACUGUCAUACGAUGUACUUCCGAAACGGUCAAGAAUACACCUACGUGAUCCCUCGUCCCAUGUCACACGGCGUCGUUCUUGGGGGCGUGAAACAAGCAGACGACCUAUCACCCGAACCAGACAUGGAAAUCGCUCGAGACGAAAUCGCCCGCGCCCACCGUCUCGCCCCGGAAGUCGUCCCCGAACAUCCAUCCGAAGAUGCGCUCAGCUACAUUGUCGGCAUCCGGCCGUCAAGACAGGGAGGGUUCCGUCUGGACUCGGAGCAGCAGGGCAGUCGCAUUAUCCUGUCUGCCUAUGGUUUCGGAGGAGGCGGAUACGCCUUUUCAUAUGGCGUAGCCGAUGCCCUGGGGACGAUGGUAGAAAAGGCGGAGCGAGAGAACGUGAUCCCAUGAUUGCCAUCUUCAUCAUGGGAUAGUGCUGGCCAUUACCCGUGGACAUUGUCCAGUAGUAUAGUAUAGUAUAGCAUCUUGCGUAUAAUAAUAAGCGACGAUGACAAC